AUGGUCCCCACAGAAGCCACAAGCCUAAUCCCUAACCUGUCAGAUGACUACGCCUACGAUGGCACACCGCUCACGGAGUAUGACGGCAACUUCACCGACUACUUCUGUGAGAAAAGCCACGUCAGGGAGUUUGCGGGCCACUUCCUCCCACCACUGUACUGGCUCGUGUUCAUCGUGGGGGCCGUGGGCAACAGCCUCGUCAUCCUGGUCUACUGGUACUGCACGAGAGUGAAGACCAUGACCGACAUGUUCCUGCUCAACUUGGCCAUCGCUGACCUUCUCUUUCUCGCCACCCUGCCCUUCUGGGCCAUUGCCGCCGCUGACCAGUGGAAAUUCCAGACCUUCAUGUGCAAGGUGGUCAACAGCAUGUACAAGAUGAACUUCUACAGCUGCGUGCUGCUCAUCAUGUGCAUCAGCGUGGACAGGUACAUCGCCAUCGCGCAGGCCAUGAGGGCGCAGAUGUGGAGGCGGAAAAGGCUCCUCUACAGCAAGAUGGUCUGCCUCACCGUCUGGGUGGCGGCGGCCGCGCUCUGCCUCCCGGAACUCCUGUACAGCCAAGUGAGGGAGGAGCACGGACUUGCUGUCUGCACCACGGUCUACUCCAGCGACAAGAGCGCCAAACUCAAGUCGGCCGUCUUGACCCUGAAGGUCAUCCUGGGCUUCUUCCUCCCCUUCGUGGUCAUGGCUUGCUGCUACACCAUCAUCAUCCACACCCUGAUCCAGGCCAAGAAGUCUUCCAAGCACAAGGCCCUGAAGGUGACCAUCACUGUGCUCACCGUCUUCGUCCUGUCCCAGUUCCCCCACAACUGUGUUCUGCUGGUGCAGACCAUCGAUGCCUACGCCAUGUUCAUCUCCAGCUGCGCCCUCUCCAUCAAAAUUGACAUCUGCUUCCAGGUCACUCAGACCGUGGCCUUUUUCCACAGCUGCCUGAACCCUGUUCUCUAUGUUUUUGUGGGUGAGAGGUUCCGCCGGGAUCUUGUGAAGACCCUGAAGAACCUGGGCUGCAUCAGCCAGGCUCAGUGGGUUUCAUUCACGAGGAGAGAGGGAAGCCUGAAGCUGUCAUCUAUGCUGCUGGAGACAACCUCGGGGGCUCUCUCCUUCUGA